ACGAACCCCCCCCCUCAAGUCAGUGCAGCGCGCGAACUCAACCCCGAAGACAACAUGGGGGAGCAGGGCCGGGACGGCGGGCUUCACCCCCCGGACAGCCCCGCCUCCCAGGACGAGGGGACGAGGGCGGGUAACGCGGGGGGCUCCGGGAGAGAUGGCGGGUUCGGGCUGCCGGAGGUGGCCGGCCCCGCGGAUGACGGGAGGGCGGGCAUAGCGGCGGACCAGCUGACCGAGGAGCAGAUCGCCGAGUUCAAGGAGAUCUUCUCGCUGUUCGAUAAAGAUGGCGCCGGCAGCAUCACCACCAAAAAGCUGGGCACCGUCAUGAGGUCCCUGGGCCAGAACCCCACCGAGGCCGAGCUGGAGGACAUGAUCAACGACGUGGACGUCGACGGCAGCGGCACCAUCGACUUCCCCGAGUUCGUGGCCAUCAUGGUCAGGAAAAUGAACGACACGGACGCGGAGGAGGAGUUCCGCGAGGUGUUCCGCCUGUUCGACAAGGACGGCAACGGGUACAUCGGGGCGGCCGAGCUGCGGCACGUCAUGGCCAACCUCGGGGAGAAGCUGACAGACGAAGAAAUCGGCGAAAUGAUCAGAGCAGCGGACAUCGACGGCGACGGCCAAGUCAGCUACGAGGAGUUCGUACAGAUGUUGUUUCCAAAAUGAAGACGGUCCCGGUUAUCUUCUGCCCCCACUCCAUCCUCCUCCCUCCCUCCCUCCCUCCCUCCACCCCACCUUCGCCCUCGAAACACAGGGGCCAUUCUCCCACUUGGCCACUGGAUUCAUUCUGUGGCUGUCACAGGGCAACCAGGCGUCGCUGACCGUCAAAGAAGAAGGAAUAAAAUAAACAAAACACAAAUAAAAACAACACCGCAACUUGUGUCACCACACAAACUCUGCAAUGUGAUGAGCGGUGGACCCCUGGACACCCCCCCUCCACCUCCACCCCCCACCCCACCCAGGGAUCUCCAAGCCAUUGCAUCAGUCGAGCCUGUACUACCCUCAAAACACAACCAGCCCUUGGACUUCUUUAGGAAGUUUACAUGUUAAUUAAUACACUGUUCGGGCUGGUCAGUUUUUGACAGUUUUCAAAAAGCACAGCCUGGUUCUGUUGAUUCCACUUGAUGUUCUUUUUUGUGGAAAUAGUUUAGCUUUUUUUUUUCCAGUUUGUAUAACGGAGACGAUUGUUCUGAAGUUGGUUGGGUUGUUUUUCUUUUUUGAGUGCCGCCGCGAGCGAGAAAACAAAAACAAAACCAAACACACCGCCGGCGCUUAGAAGAUUUUGAUUACAUGACAGGCCUGGAGUGGAAUUGUUUUCGUACUUAACCGCGCACUCACAAAUGAGCAGGUUUGAAGAUCUCAAUAAAUAGAUCAUUUAAAAAAAA